AUGGUUCUCCAAGCGGAGAUAGAGGCCGCCUGCCUCACUCUCCGUGAAUCCCUCCACCGCAAUACAAACAAGGAGACGAAGGCGGUGCAGACGUAUGAGCAGCACAAGGGCGACGGGCCGGCAACACACCCCAGUCUCGAAGAGAAGACUGAACAACCUACUUCCGAGCAGUCGGCGCCCACGGCCGCUGCCCAAGCAGGCCGUUCAACUGAAGAUGAAGAAGCUGACCCCACCACCGGACGGUCACACCGGAGGCCGCCACCCAUACUCUUCAAGGUGGCAGAAGACUACAAAGGGUUCCUGCAGCUCGUGAGGCAGUGGACGACUGCCGACUUCACCUUGCGAGCUGCAACAGGGAACCUUGUGCGGCUACAAGUCGCAAACACGGAAGACUACAUCCGGGUGACGAGCGAGGCGUCAAACCAGGGCCUCCACUGGUGCACACACGCCGCCGUCCCCGAGCGACUGCUGAAGAUAGUCUUUAACACUCUAAGCGCCAAGCCCGUAAAAUUUACGGGCCUGGGAUCGCGCGAAAAUCACCAAGCCCAAGACGAGAUUGAUGACAGUUUGUCUUCAGAUGAAGACGAGAAUGAUGUUGAAGGUGUUGCUUCAAAUCCAGCAGCUGUGCCGUAUCCGAAAGACAGUGAGUGGACUGCAGUUGACACCUACCGACCUCUGCCUGUCAACACGACACCCAGGCAGAUACUAGUGGAUAUUGAUGAGUCGAGUUCUGUACUGGAUUGCAGUAAAGUGUUCCUUACUGACAGUGACGUAAAUGAACUCAAGAGACAGACAAAUUUGUAUGCAUCACAGACAAUACAGAAGAAAAGAAGAGGAAAUAAUCUGAAGCCCCAUUCAGUUUUGAGUUCGUGGAAGCCAGUGACUAUAAGUGAGAUGAGGCGUUUCUUGGGUAUUAUUUUCCACAUGUGUGUUUCGAAAAAGCCCAAAAUUGCGGACCAUUGGAGCACUAAUCCUGUUCUUAGUUGUAACUUUUGUCCCCAUGUCAUGAGCCGUUUGCGUUUCACUCAGAUACUGUCAUGCUUGCAUCUUGUUGACAAUUCAAAUCAGAAAAAACCAGGCGAAGAUGGAUUUCAUCCACUUUACAAAGUUUUGCCAUAUUAUAAUAAUUUGAAGGAGCGAUGUAUCCAGGCAUAUCGUCCCUCAGAAAAAGUGACAAUUGAUGAAGGAAUUUGCCCAUUUCGAGGUCGUGUGAGUUUCCGUGUUUACAUGCAAAAUAAGCCUCAUAAGUAUGGACUGAAAGUAUAUGCUGUUGCUGAAGCCAGUAGUGGCUAUGUUGUAAAUUUUGAAGUUUAUGCUGGUAAGCAUAUUGUUGACAAUUCUUCGUCUGCGGUUAUUUUGCGAUUGUUGUCUGACAGCAGCUUGCUGAACAAAGGCCACACUGUGUAUUUAGAUCGAUUUUAUUCCAGUCCAGAGCUAUUUCAGCAACUGGCAGAGAAAGGCACUGGAGCUGUUGGUACUGUGAACAAAUCCAGGAAAGGAUUGCCUAAAGAUUUAGUAUCUGCUAAGCUGAAAAAGGGCGAAAUGUCUUUUCGGCGUAAAGAUAAUGUAUUGGCAAUGAAGUGGAAAGAUAAGAGAGAUGUGUAUACAUUGUCUACAAGGCAUCAAGCAACAUUUGGUACGCAUACUAAGAGAAAUGGGUCUGUAGUAUUGAAACCACUUCAGGUACUUGAUUACAACCUCAAUAAAAUUGGAGUGGAUAUUGGAGACCAACGCCUGCAGUACAAUCCGUUCCAGCACAGAACUGUGAAAUGGUGGCGAAAAUUAUAUUUCCAUUUGCUGCUUAUGGGAGUAUCAAAUGCAUUUUGGCUGUACAAUGCAGUGCACAGGAAGAAAAUUACAAUAACAGACUUUAUAACAGUGCUUGCAGUUCAGCUUGUUGAAGACGACACACUUGAAUUCAUUCCAAGAAAUGAAGGAACUGUAGGUCGGCUAACAAAGAGACAUUUUUUGCAGCACAUACCUGCAACUACUAAGAAGUAUGCUGCUCGUGUGUGUCACGUGUGCAGUUCCAGGAGCAAGAAACAGAGUGGCAAGGCUUCUCGCAAAGAGACACGAUACGAAUGUGAACAGUGUGGCGUUGCACUCUGCCUGGAACCUUGCUUUAAAAUUUUCCACACUAAAAAACAAUAUGAUUCUGUGUGA